AUGGGCAUUGGUAAGAAGAUCAACAACAUGGACUGUAUUGCUCUCGAUGGAGGAUAUACACAAUACAUUGGCGAUAUUGUGGAAAAAGAAAAGUUGGACGAGCGUAACUUCUGUUUUCCCAUUCGUAAGAAACGACUACAGCAACUCCACGAAGAGGAAUCCAACUUUAAUGCUAUGUUUGGUGGAUUUCGAUCUACGUCAGAGGCUGUCUUUGGUGAUCUCAUGAAAACAUUCGUCAAGUUUAACAAUAAGGAGAUUCAGUGGACAUCGAAGAGCAGCCACAUCAUCGUGGAUGGAUGGAAGAAGGAGUAG